AUGCUGGCAAUGACGGGCCACGACCUCACGUUCUUGAGCCGUGGCUGGGUCAGAUUCAUCCCCAGGCCCAGCGCCCCCCGGGCCCCGAUGAUGAGACCGCAAAAGCUUCUGGUUGCUGGCGAGCCCCUACCGGAGUACUUGACGCCCCCCGGUCUCAAUGUCGCCGACGAAGAGUCCCUGCAGUUCAAAGCGGCUUACAUGUUGGGCUACGAAGCCGGCCUCCGCAUCUACAUAGAACCGGAGGCAGCCGAAGUCUUCGCAAAGACCCUCAGUUUCGACGAGUUCCAGGAACUCCAGGAACUCAUGAUCGCGGACGGGGCGCCAGAGGUGAAAGCGAAAACGUGGUUUGGGUCGAUCGACGCAUUGGGUUGGCUAUGUGGCAACUGGUCCCUACUCAGUGCUAUCAUGGAUCACUUGGUGGCAUUGGAUGACGGGGAUCCACUCGAAGAGGAGGGUUCAGACGCCGAUGCCGAAGAUGAUCAAGCCGAUGAAGAGCCGCCGGCAAGUGAACCGGCAGCGGCUCAAGCCGAGCCGAAAACCAAAGGCGAGCUGCUUAUGCAGCUCAAGAGCCAGCACAAGAACACAAUGCGCUUGGUGGCCGCGCUGCUACACGACCGUGACUUGCGUGUGGAGCUGAAGCAGAUUCAGCUUGGAUCUGGGCCCAUGCAUGCAGAGUACCGAGCAUUCCUGAAAAAUCAAACUCAGGGGCAGGACGCCUCUUUGACUUGGGCAGCAGACAGGGCCACGGGACAUGGGUGGUAUCGCUGUGUGUUGGACACACUUGCGCUCAUCCACGACCCUGUUACUCUCGCUGCCUGCGAAGUCACAGCCUCUCCUGGACCAGCCAAGCUGCCUGACAGCAGCGUCUUGGAGGCACAGGAAUGGUUUCGGGAUGAGCAAGAGAACCUGAAGGAGCUGUGGUUGUACUUGUUUGAAGUCGUCAGCAAGAGAACGUGGGGUCAGAUCCAACAUGCUGUUCUAUUCCCGCAGAUGCUAGCAGCUGCACUGAGUCAUGACAAAAGGGCCGCAGCUGCAGGCAUGAGUGCAGGAAAGAAGACUUGGGAUGCGAUCCUAAGGGCGGAAGACAUGCAGUACCAUGGAGCCGGCCUGGGCGGCAUCUCUGCUGCCUCACGAGUGUCCUUGGGUCACAUCAUGAACGAUUUGCACUUCAAUCGGCAAAACUUCGCGAGGGAAUGUGCCGUUGUGUGCCAAGGGGCACAGUGGCAGCACGACUACAAGGAUGUUCAGGACCUGGCGCGGUCCGUUUUCGCCAAACCCUUGAACACGAAGUUCGAUCUGGAAGACUGCUUCGCCCAUCUCGCUUCGGUGAACCAGCUCACAACCAAAGCUUCUCCUUUCAACAAGUGGACAAGAUAUUUCUACGCCACAAGUAUGCCCUCCGUCGCCAACAACAAUCCGGAGUAUCACUGGCCCCAGCUGGAAACCAGUCUUCGAGAUCAUGCGCAGAUGAAGCGGCAGUGCCCCGAGGACAAGAAGAAAGUGUACGGCAAAGCUUUCAAAGUCACGGAGCCCCUGGACCCUGGCGUGCGAAAAGAUGGUUUCGUGAAAUGCAAGCUGAGCAGCACGAAGAAAGCCGGCAUCAUCAGCAAUCAGAAGGCCAGUUGUGCGACGGCCUGGUUGGCAGCAAACCGUGGGAACGACUUUGCAGAUGCUGGGCAUGCUUGGACAGGCUGCUUCUUUGGCGCUGGGCACCUUUACCAGAACACCCAGACCAGCCAAGUGGUGCUGUGCCUGGGCUUUCGCGAGUACGGAGCCUUGGCUGUCGUGCUCAAGGAAGUGAAGGCUGGAGACAAGGACUUCUAUGUGAUCGCGUCCACGCCCACUCCAGCUGACUCACUGCUGCUUCCCAGCUGGCUCUUCAACAACACAGUGUCGGAGGAAUCACUGUGGAAGCACGUGCCGAUGAAGCUGAUGCACCCACUCCUUUUGCCAGCCGACAUUAGAGAUGAGCAUACUGUGGCCAUGGCACGAAUCGGACCCAACGAGGGUCUUGUCAAGAGCGCGCUGCAGAACGGUGUGAUGCUGACCAUGAAGAUGUAUCAGAGCUUGCAUGCGUGCUUUGGCUUCGAUUUGCCCGGCAAGGGCAGCGGCUCGGGUAAACGUGGCAGAAUGAUCAAAGUGGACUAUUUUCGCGCGGCCGUGAACUUUUUCCUGAAGGACCUCUCCGAGGAGGAAAAGACGGAGUUGGUGGAGAAGCUCAUGGGAAAGAGGCUGCGCCACUUGCGAACCGCGUGCCCGCAAGAGGUCAUGGAUGCUUUCAAUGCAUUGCCGACAGAUGACCAGCAGUCCCUUGGAACAAUCAAGUUCUUGCAGAAGGACCAGUCUGAUAUCAAUCAGCGGAGCAAGCUUCGAGAACCACGGUCUUUGAAUGCACGGGUGCACUUCACGCCGGACGACCUGAAGGAUUUGGUCCCCCCCGUCCCCGGCUCCUACAUCAAUCGACACCCGGUGCUGAAGCGGUAUCAGGCAUUCUAUCCAGUGAACAGUGCGGUGCUCUCUGCCGGAUCCACGGAGCCGAAAGUUUUCUUCAAGUCGCGAUCAGCCACAUGGGAGGGGGCAGAGGGAGGCGAGGUGGCCGAGCGUGACGGCGCCGUCACUUUGAGUGCCUUGGAGCACUUCCUGGAGGCCAAGGUGGAGGCCAAGACGGCUACCCAGAGGAUGGAGGCCAUGCUCCACAUGCUGCGAUGGUUCGCCAGCGCGCAGAUCCGAAAC